UGUUAUUCCUAAAGGCUAAACCUCUUGUUUCAUUUUGUAACAAAAUGCAGCAACGAGAUAUUCCACGACCUCACGGAAACGAUGUCGUGGGCGGCGGUGCUAGAGUGAGGCUGGAAGACAUCGAAGGCGGUGCUAGAGUGAGGCCGGAACAAUCCCAGGGAGGUGCUAGAAUGAGGCCGGAACAAUCCGAGGACAGUGCUAGUGUGAGGCCGGAACAAUCCGAGGGCAGUGCUAGAGUGAGGCCGGAACAAGUAAACACCGUGUCGUCGGGAGCUUCGAAUUCAGAUGGGCAGAAGUUAUUGAAGGGUGAACGGUUGAAGCUAUGGGGUUUCAUUUUUAGGAUAUGUGCUAUGGUCGUUUCUUUCCUCUCUUCUGUUCUUAUGGUUUCCGUCUCUGACUUUCAUGUAUUUCCAGGGUUAAGUUAUGUGCUAGGUAUAGCUAUUAUUGUGGUGGUGUAUACAACAGUGCAAGUUGGGAUAAAGGGUCACGAACUUCGCACCAAAGAGGAUGUGAUUCCACCCAAGGCUGCAAUUUGGAUCGACUUUUGUGGGGAUCAGUUUUUGGCGUACGUGUUAUUUUCAUCAAGUUCAACAGGGGCAACAUUGUCCAUCAUUCUCAGCAGUGGAGUUUACAUGACUGUAGGCCUACAACUUGUGGCAGCAUCCGUCAGCAUGUCUGUUUUGACAUGUAUUUUUCUAGCAUUUGCGGCACUCAUAUCUUCAUAUUGUUUAUUCGCUAACAUAUAAAUGUAAUCUCCUAUACUUGUAUGAACUUUAUAAGCAUUAUCUUAAUUACUCUUCUGUAUGUUAACUAAUUUUAUGUACUUUAAUUUAUAAGCAUUUACUUCCUA